AUUUAUUUAAACCUUUUUCUGAAUCCAGAUCCGAGGAAGAAAUACCACGUUAAACUUCUGGCUUAUAACUUUGUUGGCGACGGUUACCAGGCAGAUCAAACUGUCAGCACUCCUGGCUGCGUCUCUGUUCGAGAUCGUCUGGUUCCGCCUCCUCCUCCACCGCACAACGUCCACGCGCAGACGAACAGUUCCAGCGCUGUGUUUCUGCACUGGGGUCGACCGGCCUUCACCUCCAGCCACGCUGUCGGCUACACGGUCCGCUGUAACCCUGUGGGCCUGCAGAACGCCUCCCUGGUUCUCUACCUGCAGACGAAUGAGCAGAGUCUUCUUCUUAAAGAUCUACAGCCAAACACCAAGUAUGAGUUUGCGAUUCGCCUUCACAUGGAUCAGCUGUGGAGUCCCUGGAGUCCUGUGGUUUAUCAGACUACUUUAGCUGAAGCUCCCAUGUCGCCUCCUUCCAAUGUGAAAGUGACUCUGAUUGAAGGAGACACGGCGCUGGUCUCAUGGAAGCCUCCGGAUGAAGCUAACGUCGCUGUGACGCGCUACACAGUCCUCUACGCGUCCAGAAAUGCAUGGAUUGCUGGGGAAUGGCAGGUGCUGCACAGAGAAGCGUCAAUCACCAUGGCACUGCUGGAGAACCUGAAGCCUGGUCAGGUUUACGUGGUCAAAGUUUCUGCCUCUAACGACGUGGGCGAUGGACCGUUUUGUCCCACAGUGGAGCUGAGGGUGUGGCCAGACGUCUCCUCCACAGGUGCGUCCUCACACACACACGCACACACACUCACACACACACUCACACCGCGUCCUUUUCCAAACAGAAACAUAAUCACCGCCAUGUUCACAGGCUUCUCUGAUGGUUUCUAUCACCUGGAUGAGAAAUCAGUGACGGGGAUCACGGUGGGCGUGUGCAUCGCUCUCAUCUGCAUCAUCAUCUGUGCCUUCAUCAUCGUCUGCAGAGGCCAAAACAGGACAGUCUCAGCGGUGAAAUCGCACAGAGGAGUGAGCUCAUCUUCUCCAGCUGUAGGACAGCGGGGCUCUGAUGGACACGCGGAGGACAGCGUGGACGUGGACGUGACCGUGACGAUGAGUCCAAACCAUUUCAUUGAUGCAAAGGGUGGAACAAACCUCAGGAUUAACUGUCUCGGUCCAGUUCAGCUCGGUUCUGAGAAGAAAAACAAAUGGUUUUCCUUCAGGAAGAACGGGAAACAGGAGAGUGAAGCAGUGCAGAAUCUGAGACACGGCUCCGUCUCCUACCACCCGGGCACCACGGUGUUGACCUACGAGGACGAGCUGUCUGCAGACCAGACCUGCAGAACCCUGCAGGUGCUGCUGGGACAUCCUGGAGACACGGAGGGUUCUUCAAACAGCGAGGGCAGCCACGAGACCGGGGACUCUGGACGCUUCUCUCACGACGAGACGGAGCUCACCGACCUUUCAUCUGCAGCGAGCAGCCGUCUGCCGUCUCUCACCGCGGAGGACAGCGGGAGCUCGGACUGCAGCGGAGGAGGAGGAGGAGGAGGAGGAGAGUCAUGAUGGAGUCUGCUAAG